AGGUUGGGUUUCCGGGGAGGCUGACGUCAUCUGGUAACAAAGUCCGGAGUUUGGUGCAGGUCGUCAGGAGGAGGCGGCGGAGUUUGAGCCGUUGCUCGGCACACGCAACCGCCAUUAGCGGCGACGGUGUUCAUCCUGGACUAUCUCCCUCCCCUCCAAACUAACCUAACGUGACCUCCCCCUCACGCUGAGCCGCUGUCCUUGGGGGAAACGAACGAACGAACGACCGAGCACCGGGUCGGCGAACGGCGCUACGAAAAUGAUCAAGACUCACCAUCGCACGUCGUCCAAGUGCCUGGAGACGGUGGAGGUGAAGAGCAAGUUUGGGGCUGAAUUUCGUCGUUUUGCUCUGGAUCGAUCCAAACCUGGGAAGUUUGAAGAAUUUUAUGGAUUAUUGCAGCAUGUCCACAGAAUUCCAAAUGUUGAUGUUUUAGUUGGAUAUGCUGACAUUCAUGGAGACUUGUUACCAAUAAACAAUGAUGAUAACUAUUUAAAGGCAAUUAAGACUGCAAUGCCUUUGCUCAGAGUGUUUCUGCAAAGGAAAGAGGAUGCUGACUACAGUGCUUUUGGUACUGACACUUUAACGCGGAGAAAGAACGUCCUGUCAAACGUACUGCGCCCUGAUGUUAAUCGUAAAAAAUCCUCAAUUGCAAUCAGCUUGCCGCGUGACUUCCGUCCUGUGUCUUCAAUCAUUGAUGUGGAUAUUCUGCCAGAAACCCACCGAAGAGUGCGGCUGUACAAGCACGGGUCUGAUAAACCACUAGGAUUCUAUAUCCGCGAUGGCUCAAGUGUUCGAGUAACCCCCAAUGGACUUGAGAAAGUCCCUGGAAUUUUCAUUUCCAGAUUGGUGCAAGGGGGAUUGGCAGAAAGCACUGGUCUGCUAGCUGUAAAUGAUGAAGUGCUUGAGGUGAAUGGGAUUGAAGUGUCAGGAAAAAGUCUUGAUCAAGUGACUGACAUGAUGAUAGCAAACAGCCAUAAUCUCAUCAUUACUGUGAAGCCAGCAAAUCAAAGGAAUAAUAUUGUGAGAAUCAGUCGGACUUCUGGUAGUUCAGGUCAGUCCACUGACAGUGGAACUAGCCACCUUGCUUAUAUGGCGUCUCCACACAUUGUGCAAAAUUUCCAUUCAGAAGACAUGGACAGUGAUGAAGAUACUGACAUAGUCAUUGAGGGCAGUGGUGAGCCACAACACAUUUCAGAGGCAACUUCUACCAGUGCUAGCAUAGCAUCGUUAACAAAAAAUGACCAUAAUCAUGGUGUAACUUCAAAUGGCUCUGUUGCUGGAGUUAAAGGAAACGUGUACAUGCCAUCAGGUCCCAUAAAAGCGGAUCCUGUUGAAAACGUGAACAGGCAAAGCAUUGAGGAGGAUGGCACUGUUAUUACACUCUAGGUUUCUUGAUCUGCACUUACGGGUGCCAGUGUUUUGUUUAAGGUUUGCCUGUUGUACAGUAGCACUAUCAUUGUAAAUUACUCACUUUUAUGAAAUGAGCUUCAUAAU